UUCUCCUCUGUCCUGAACCUCCAGGGCCAGAACCCAUUCGACCUGGAAUUCUCCCAGUCAAGUCACCUGGAUUCUGUCUUCAACUUCGAGUGCCCGGCCCGCCCCGACAUGCCUUCAAGUCAGCCCAUUGAUAUUCCUGAUACCAAGAAAAGGAACAAGAAGAAGAAACGAUGCAGAGCCACGGACAGCUUUUCUGGGAGGUUUGAAGAUGUCUACCAGCUGCAGGAGGAGGUGCUCGGGGAAGGUGCCCAUGCUAGAGUCCAGUCCUGCAUCAGCCUCAUCACCAACAAGGAGUACGCCGUGAAGAUAAUUGAGAAGAGCCUUGGACACAUCCGGAGCCGGGUAUUCAGGGAGGUGGAGAUGCUCUACCAGUGCCAGGGACACAGGAAUGUCCUAGAGCUGAUCGAGUUCUUUGAAGAGGAAGAUAGAUUCUACCUGGUCUUUGAGAAGAUGCGAGGAGGCUCCAUCCUGACCCACAUCCACAGGAGGCGCCACUUCAACGAACUGGAGGCCAGUGUGGUGGUGCAGGACAUUGCCAGUGCCCUUAACUUCUUGCACAACAAAGGUAUAGCGCACAGGGAUUUAAAACCAGAAAAUAUUCUCUGUGAGAGUCCCGACCAGGUUUCCCCUGUGAAGAUCUGUGACUUUGACCUGGGAAGUGGCAUCAAAUUAAAUGGCGAUUGUUCCCCUAUCUCCACCCCCGAGCUGCUCACACCUUGCGGCUCUGCCGAGUACAUGGCUCCCGAGGUGGUGGAAGCCUUCAACGAGGAGGCUUCCAUCUAUGACAAGCGUUGCGACCUGUGGAGCCUGGGCGUCAUCCUGUACAUCAUGCUGAGCGGCUACCCGCCCUUCGUAGGGCACUGUGGCACCGACUGCGGCUGGGACCGCGGCGAGGCGUGCCAUGCCUGUCAGAACAUGCUCUUUGAGAGUAUCCAGGAAGGGAAGUAUGAAUUUCCUGAUAAGGACUGGGCCCACAUUUCUUUUGGAGCCAAAGAUCUAAUUUCCAAGCUGCUGGUUAGAGAUGCCAAGAAACGGCUCAGCGCGGCCCAGGUCCUCGAGCAUCCUUGGGUGCAGGGGUGUGCUCCAGACAACACGCUUCCAACCCCCAUCAUCUUACAGAGGAACAGCAGUGCCAAAGAACUCACCUCCUUCGCUGCUGAAGCCAUCGCUGUCAACCGUCAGCUGAUGCAGCAUGAUGAAGACGAGGAGGAGGAGGAAAUGCGACCAAUCAUAAUCAAAGCUACCUCAUGCUCCAUGCAGCUGUCGCCCCCUUCGGAAUCCAGGCUGGCCAAACGGAGGCAGAAGAGCAGCAUGACGAAGGUGGGGGCUGUGAGCCAGCACCUCGUCGCUCCGUUAGUCCUGGUGGGCGAUCACGCGUGAUCGCCUGCCUGCCGUGGCCCCCCCUACCACUCCCUGUACAUAUGUAUGUGCUGUAUACGGGCGGCAUCCUUUUUUUAAUACCGUUGUUAGCUAGCAACAAGAUCAGGACUCUGUCCUAUUGGCUGGUUUCCAAGGUUUCACUGAUCUUGUAAGUUCCUUUGUUUUGUUUCGAUUUAAAAACUUUUUUAAGGUAUUAAAUCAAGUGUGAGGUUCCUUCACCCAGGGCACAUUUUAAGGACAUUUAACAGAUGACAUGAACUCUUUCUUGACUUUAUUUUUAUUUUUUUUCCUACACCAAAGGACUAUUUGUCCAAGUGACGCUUUUACAACUUCAGCUCAUUUCAUACUGUGAAAAAACAAAAAAAAAACAAAAACAAAAAAAGGACCCUCGGUUGUCUUUUUAACAACAAAAAGUAGCAUUUUAACAUUUAUUUUUCCUAACGAGCUGAGGGUUUUUCUUUGAAUUGGGGCUGAGAUGAGUCAACCGCGGGGAGCUUUUUAAAAAAACAAACAGAAAACUGAAGACAAAAAAAAAAUCAUUCCAGAGCUGUAAUUGGCUGAUCUAAGAUAAGGUGUUUAAAAGAUAACGUGUCCAGGCAUCGCACCUCUCAGAAAAAAGGGGUUGGGGAGAGAGAGGAUAGUCCUGAACCCCCAUCCCUCCCAACACUUCCUUUGCCAUAGGGAUUCCAGAAUGCAGCGGAAUGUGGCAGGAUUGAGGGAGAGUUUGGUUGAAGUGCUGUUUGGAAAUUGGAUCUUUGUCGAAUGCCAGGGCUUGGUGUUGGGGCAUGGGGGAAUUCCAUGGCAUCGGAAGGGGGUGUCAUUGUCAACGCAG